CUAAUGGUAUCCUCAAUGUCUCUGCUUUGGAUAAUAGCACAGGAAAAGAGAACAAGAUUACCGGCACUAACGACAAGGGCCGCCUGAGCAAGGAAGACAUUGAGUGCAUGGUCCAGGAAGCUGAGAAGUACAAAGCUAAAGGUGAGCAACAGCGGGACAAGGUGUCUUCCAAGAAUUCACUUGACUCUUAUGCAAUCAACAUGAAAGCAACUGUUGAAGAUGAAAAACUUCAGGGCAAGAUCCAUGAUGAGGACAAACAAAAGAUUCUUGACAAGUGCAAUGAAAUCAUCAACUGGCUUGAUAAGAACCAGACUGCAGAGAAGGAAGAAUUUGAACACCAGCAGAAAAAGCUGGAGAAGGUCUGCAAUCCCAUCACUACCAAACUGCACCAGAGUGCAGGGGGCAUGCCAGGAGGAAUGCCUGGAGGCUUCCCUGGUGGUGGAGCUUCUCCCUCUGGUGGUGCCUCCUCUGGACCCACCAUCGAAGAGGUUGAUUAAGCCAACCUGAGAAUAGGUCUAGCAUUGUUCCACAUAAAAUAUUCGAAGGACCAAAUUUGUAGCAAAUUCUAUGGCAGUUUUAAUGUUGAGCUGCUAUACUAAAUAAACUGGACAUUCUUGAUACUUGAAUAUGGAAUAUGUGCACAGAGAAAGGAAAUAAACAUUGCACUUUAUAAGCACUGUACUGUUAAGUGGAAAAUGCAAUGUCUUAAAUAAAACUGGAUUUAAAACUGGCA